CGCCUUAUCAAGGGAACAACACGAGGAAGUUGAACAAUGGCGAGGUUCUCACAGUUCGUGUUUACUCUGCUCUCACUCUCGAUUCAAACCGUGUUUGGCUGCCCGUCUGGCUGGCUAUCACACAACGAUAAAUGCUACUUUCUGAGCUCCUUCAAGGCAUCGUGGCCAGCCGCUGAGAGUUAUUGUCGUACAUUUCAGAGUUAUUGUCGUACAUUUCAUGCCAAACUUGCCGAACCAAUGGAUCGAUCCUCUAUUAACUUCCUGAGUGGUGAAGUGAAAGGAAGCCCACCUUUGACAGGCACUGACUACUUCCUUGGUGGAGGAGACUUGUUCGUAGAAGGGGAAUGGAUUUGGAUGUCCACACAGGCACUCAUCAGUGCUACCAACUGGGCUCCAGGAGAACCGAAUGACGGUGGACAUCAUGAAGAUUGUCUGGUGAUAUACCCCUCCGCAGGAUUGUGGAAUGAUGCCACUUGUAGCGACCAGAAAGGUUUUAUUUGUGAAAUGGAGGCAGAAAUGGCCGGAAGUUUGAUUGGGUAAUGAAUAAAUGCGCGAACGUCGUUUUUAUUGCGGAUGCACUCCGUAUACACAAUUGUAUUUCGGGUAUUUUGCGAUUAUCUAUGAUACUAAAGGUAAUAAAGUAAUCCUUGA